UAAGCACAUGACACAACACGGAAGUUGAUGCCUGUGAAUCUGUGACAGUGAGGACCUUCUUGCAGUUCCCGUUAUAACAGCAGUUUAAUGUGUGCAGUGAAUUUAGCCAUGAUGUCACGGCAUGUUAGACUGACACCCUGUCGAUCCGGGUGAGGACUCCGGUCUGAAAGCGUUAACGAGGAGAUAAUUUGCUCAUCGCGGAGGUUUCGGUCUUGGACUCUUGAUGAUGGCGGUGAACUGGGCCGAGAGGAUCGCCGCUUUCUCCCUCAGCCCGUCCGACUUCCUCUCCCGCACGACGCCGGAGGGUUUCCUCGCCGAGCUGCUGCGGGAGCUGCGGGACGACCGAGCCAGUUAUAAUGUCAAGGUCGCCCUGCUCUCCCCGCUAUGCGAGUAUCCGACUCUGCUGUGCCCCUCCGUCUCUGUGGGGGAGGAGACGGCCCUGGAGCUCAUGUCCGUGUUCGCCCAGUGUCCUCCUAAAGCCCUGCAGUUUCGGUGUCACCUCCUCCUGGCCCUCACCUCCGUGCUCCUGUGCUCCUCUUGCGUGAACACACACUCCCGUGCAUCUCAAGAUUUCCUGGAGCUCCUCCUUCAGAUCGCCCAGGACACCAGUGACCCCCACGGCGACGGGGCCCUGCGCUCCUUGCGGGUCACGGCUUGCGACUGCUUGCGGGAGCUGGAGGCCUGCUGCCCCGGCCUCCUGUCCCAGCGCCUGGAGCUCCUGAGUGGGCUCAGGCAUCAGGAGACCUCCAGGCUUCACCAGGCCUUUGUGGGACUACACAGUCUGGGAUUAAGAAACGCCGUGUAUCUGCUCGCCCAGCAGACAGGAGCAGGUGCAGAGGAGCUUAAAGCCAUCCUUGGCGGUGCUGCUGCCGUGGCGUGGGAAGCAGACCCGGACUCAGGCCUCGUGAGUAACAAAGGCACGCCGCUGCCGUCUCCUCUCAUCUCGAGCCCCAUGGGAACCGUGCCGAUGCUUCAAACUGGACCGGACUGCAAGGAGUUGCGCUCACUCCUUUCCUCCCUCCUGGAGGAGUCCUACCUGCUCACCCCUCUCUGCCAAGCUGCACUGCUGCAUAGACUGAUAGAGCUGGUGGCGAUGGUGCCUGGUGUCUCUCCAGCCAUUUUCAAAGCUCAGCUGCUGCGACUCUUGGGCACAAGCGAGGUUUGCCUCCUGCACACGACUCUGCUGAUGAAGGCCGCGUUCACAGACAGCCUGUUCAGCUCCGAGGACGAGGUGUUCAUCCUCAAACGCCUGGUGGCGCUCUCCCAGCACCCGCUCCUGAGCACGCCCGAGAAGCUCUUCUACAUGGACUGUAUCCUGCACUUCCCUGAAAACCGGCCCAUCAGCAGCGGCGAUGGCGACGAGUCCCUCCCCGUGCUGCUGACCCCCCGGCUGGCGGCGGCCCUGGUGCCCACCGUGUUCAAUGACAGCGCUACCAUGCUGGCUCGCCUCAACCUGCUGUCGCUGGUUUACCUGGAGGAGGGAGAGGAGGGCGACGGAGAGGGAGGCAGGGGGACGGCAUACCUCUACGACCACAUCAUCUCCCUGAUCCGCAUCGUGGACAACCGCGGCAGCCGGGAGAUGAUCGUCACCUUCUUCAGAGCCGCCUUCCUCUUCCUCUUCCACUUCUGCCACGUGGAGCACUACUCUCACGGCAUGACCGAGAAGUUAUGCGACCUCUACCUUCGCCACACCCGGCUUGCCCCGCACCUGAUCAACCUGUGCGACCGGACCCAGGACAGGCUGGGGGAGCUGGGCUGGGCAGUGGGGCUCCUUGGGGCGCUGCAGAGAGCCAUCGCAGGGGCCCCGCUGGCCCAGCUCACCUUGCAGGACCUCCGCUGGCAUCUCAAGAUCCUGGCCCGAGCGGCGGAGGAGGGGGAAAUCUCCCAGCAGAAGACCCUCGACUUCCUGUUCAGCGUCAUCACGUCGUCCUCGUCCUCGCUGUGUGUGAGCGGCGACUGGCGCCUGGGGAACGGCGUGCUGGGGGUCUGCCGGCGGCUGCUUGUGCACCCCAGCCUGGACUCGCUCCUCAUCCCCCUGGCGGACAUCCUGCAGCACCUCUCCUGCCGCUACGGAGACACCGACAUUCAAGACCAUGCCCGCCUCUACUACAGCCUGCUCACCACGCUGUCGCGGGAGAAGCUGUGUGGGGUGCUGGCGCAGGGCGCGACGGAGGGCGGGCGGCAGGUCAAGAAGCGAUCACUGUCCUCCAUCAUGGCCGAGAGCGAGGAGCUGACCAGUGUGCUGUCCAUCCACCAGACAGACAGACCAGUGUUCAAACUGGUGGAGCUAGACCUCUAUAAACCCCAACAGGGAACAGAAAUGGGUCGAGAAAAGGAACUUUGCAUCGACGAAAAUUCAAAGCCGAUGGAGAACUGCCCCGGUGAGCAGAGUGCGGUGUUGGAGGCCUAUAAAGCUCAGUUUCAGCACCCCGGUUUCGCCUCAGAAAUAACCUUAGAGUACCAGCUGACCCACGCUGAGCCUCACGACUCCCAGUUCGAUCAGCUCUUCAGCAUCCGGCUGCACUUUGACCUCACUGACGACCACUACGAGGAGCUGAGCGACAUCAGCGUCCCGUGUCUGUUCAGAGAGCGGGCAGCGCCGGUGGUGAGGCUGAGCCUGAAGCCCAAGCAGCCUUACCCAACCACCCUGCACGCCAGCGCCAUCUUCACCAGCCAGGACGGGCUCUCCUGGCACACCGUCCUGCCAGACAUCCAUGUGGCUUUUCAGCAGGCCUUCAUACCCCUGUCCGCUCCCCCAGAAUGGGGAGCAGAAGGCAAACUGAUGGUGUUUGAGGGCUUGUGGGGCGAAAUCUGCUCUGGGGAAUGUGAGGCGGAGGAUCUGACAGACUGUGCCACCAGCCUGUUCUGUGGCCAGCUCAGCGAGGAGGCUCUGGUUGCCUUGGUGGAAGAACAUUUCCUCCCGUACCGAAUAUCAGAUCAGUCCGAUAAGGAGGAGUAUAAAGUGCUGUUCUUCCUCCCGCCGCACUCUCACAUCCUGCUGAAGAUCCGGUCAGAGGAGGAUGCCGUGCAGUUCAACGUCGCCACAGACAACUGGCAGCUUUUGCCGUACAUUAACUCUUAUCUUCUGACAAUCACCAAAUCUUCACUGCAAGAAUCUGUCGACAGCUGACAGUGAAUCUGACUGAUCCUAGGGGCUUGUUUUUAAUGAGAUUGUAGACUUUUAACAAAAUCAUAGUAUUUUCUGAUUGUGCCUUAAAAAUGUAAUUUAUCCUUUAAAAAAAAAUCACUGAAGACAAACAUAAAGAUGAUUGGAAAGAAAUUAUUAUUGCACUUUGAUUCCCCUGACUGGAAAAUAAACAAAUGGGAAAAAUAAAAUCUUUUGUACUUUGAAAAUAAAGACACAACAUUUGACUCAACGUUGGGUUGUUGCCUAUAAAUAACUGACAAUGCAUGAUUUGCUUUAUUGGUUGUACAGGACCUUGCUCAUCACCAGAUGGCUAUACAGCAAUUGCAUUACCCUCCAUUAAAAAAAAAAAAAAAAAAAAAAAAAAAAAA